AUGGGACGUAUGCACAACCCCGGAAAGGGCAUGUCGAAAUCGGCACUGCCUUACCGCCGCUCCGUUCCUUCUUGGCAAAAGCUGACUGGAGAAGACGUUCAGGACCACAUCGUCAAACUAGCUAAAAAGGUUUUAGGUCUGAGGGGCUAUGUGGUUCGAAUCCAUUAGUUACCAUAUGAUCUAUUUUUUUAAAUUAUUGAUAUCGUUUUUUUUUUUCAAUUUAGACUUCAGGGACUCCGACCAUCUCAAAUUGGUGUGAUCCUCAGGGAUACCCAUGGUAUUGGUCAAGUUCGCCGGUUGGCUGGCAACAAGAUUUUCCGCAUUCUCAAGGCGAAGGUUUUCAAAUGGGAAAUAUUGUGUGACUAAGAGCUUUAUUUUUACAGGGUAUGGCUCCCGAGCUACCUGAAGAUCUUUAUCACCUUAUCAAGAAGGCUGUCGCUAUCCGCAAGCACCUCGAGCGCUCGCGUAAAGAUAUUGACAGCAAGUACCGCCUCAUUUUGGUCGAAUCUCGUAUUCACCGAUUGGCUCGGUAUUACAAGACUAAGCGCCAGCUUCCUCCUACCUGGAAGUACGAAGCCGCUACGGCUGCUUCCCUCGUUUCAUAAUUGUUAUUAUUGUUAAAAUAAAUGUUGAUCGUUGCUAAAUGGUGUUUUGUUCACUGCUUUCUACGAGAUUUUCGGUGCGGAGUGCAAUCGUUACACCGUGUUCUAAGUAAUUUCGACAAUUUCAAACCUUAAAUCUUAUGUUCAAAUUGAUUCCGCGAAAUGCGAAAUACCCGUUAGAGAAAAGCAACUGGAUCUUGCAAAAUUUUUGGAGAAUCAGAGACCAUUUUGCAUUUCGAGGAAAUUACUUUGAACAUAAAUGCAUUAUGAUCCUUUUCUAUCGGUUUUCCACAGAUUCGAGAAGUUCUCCUUUUCUUACCGACAUCCUAGGAUUUCGGUAGGCCGGCUUUCCGCGGGCCCUGCGAGGUCAGGUUUUCUUACCGUUUAGCGCCUGUUUUCUUCCUGUGAAUUGAUAUAUACAUAUAUCUGAAACUCUUACGGCUGUUUUGAAUUUGGCGGAAUCACUUUAAACAGCAAAUUUGCAAAAGGAUGGACCAUUUUGAAACGCCAAUAUUGGCAAUGUAGGCAUUUUUUUUAUAAAUUGUCGAUGAUUUGGAAAGAAAAAUUUAAGAGAAAUCGGACGAUACCCUCCUUCGUGAACAAGAAAUUUAUACGAAAAUUUUUUCCUAUAAGCUUGAGUGGAAUAAAAUUUUCAGGACACAGUUUUCACUGGUUGUCAUGGUUACGUUUAGCAUGUGCAUAGGGUUUAUUGUUCAGAGAAUAUAAUUUCAAUAGCUGAACAUGAAUAUGAAGGUUUGUAGUUUGAUAUUUUUUUAAUGUAUUUUUUUGAAAUGUUUUAAAAACUUAUUUUACUUAAAUAGUUCAAAUUUCGCUUUUUUUAGUCAGAGAUUUUUUUAUAUCGCAGGUUCGAAAUCAUUUAUUUUGAGUGGACACUUUCAUUUUAUAUUACUAGAUUUGAUUUCGUGAGUUUUUUUGAAAAAAAUAUGAACUGAGAAAUAUUUACAAAAAAAGUUUAGUUGUUGUAUCGACGGACCGAGGAGCACGUCGGGAGCGGCAGAUGUCAGCUUCGCUGGAGACCGAAUUCGAACGCACUCGCUAUCGCGUGGUUUGGAAAUAUUUAAAUUUACGAAACUUUUUUUUCUCAUACAGUAUUCUCAGAUUUUGAAUGUUAACAAGCCUCUAAUGGCGCUAUAAGCGACAAAGAUUUUCGAGCGAACUGUAGCUUCAUCAUCAUCAUCAAUAUUUAUUGGUUGUUUUAGUCAGAUGGUGUCGACUAGGCGGUGAAAAAAUUGCUCUUUUGAGCGGCACUAACACCGCCUUUGGCGAAAAAGAAGUCAAAACGUGUAUUCGAUUGAAUUGAAAGCAUGGUCUUACGGUCCUUCGCCUCGUUCUUCCACAAAGAGAUCCCUCAGUUUCGCUUGUACGGGCACGGCGGUGAUGGUGGGGCUCGGGCACGGAUACCGUGUACACUCUAGGGUAGCCUCGGUCGACUGAGAGAGCUACCACUUCGAGACAAAUUCAAUCCAUUUUUCAGUCCCAACAAUGCAGUUAUUCUGUACGACAAAAAGGGGGAAGUAAUCGACGCGCUAGACAUGACAGGGUUUUCAUUGAAAAGCACCUUCUCAAGUUGUAUUACGGUUUGAAGAAGCGUCGUAGACAUUGCAUGGGACAGAGAGGGCGAUUCUCUGGCCGUUGCCGGAACUUCAUCCUCGCUCAUCACCGUCUGGGAGAUCAACUCCCGUUCGACGGAACAGAUAGAGAGCGGUGUUGCCUCCACAAAGUAAUUUCAUCCGUGAACUAUGCCACAAACACUCAAAAUUCCAGAGAAAUACCAACAUGUCUAGCUUGGUCACCGGUUAGUCUGACACUUGCGUGUGGAAACAACGCUGGCAACCUCUUCAUCUACAACCACCGCACAGCCAGGUUCAGUUCAAAAGUAGUUUGUUUGAACUCCGUGAAGGCAAAUUGCUGUCAUCAUAUCACCUCACGCUCAAACUUCUCAGUUAGAAAGUAGUAAGAGAUAGAAAUAUACUAAUAAAAAUAUCACCAAACAGUUUGAAGAGGAUUGCAAAAAGGUUUCAGAAAAAUCUCACUCAUGGGAAAACAUCAGAGAAGCAUCACGCAGAUAAAAUUCACAAAUGAUGACCUGAUUGUCACAUGCAGCGACGACAACACUAUAGUUGGUCUGAAAAAUUGGCUUUUUUGAGAACAAAAAAGUCGUUGUUUUUAGUUUCCAAUGUGGAUGGCGACACGGUCAGCACGACUUCAGUGACUGGAGAGCCCGGGAAUCUCGAUAUCGGCGUCGUUUUGCGCGGAGGCGUUCCUCACACUAUGGUAAAAUGUCAUAAAAAUAGAGAAGGAAAGCAGAUUUAUAUGCCUAUUUAUGAAGGAGAAAAAUUUCUGAUAAAAAAAAUCUCAUAACUUUGAACGACGAACUUAUGCCGUGUUUAAAGUAAUUUUCGAUAAGUUCGAAAUGGUCUCUGAGCCUCCAAAGUUCAGUUAUCUUUUUUCAAUCUCGGACGGAUAUUUUGUAUUUCGGGAUCACUUCCAACACGCCAUGAAUGUAUUUGCAAAAUCGUCGAUCUGUGUUUUUUUUUCCUGUUUUUUUAAUGCUUUAAUCGCAGUUGAGCUGCACGCUGGGACGAAAAAUCUUGAUGUUGGCGUCGCUCAAUGCUCUGGAGUCGCCCUCAAAUCUCCAGUUUCAAGAACGUUACGGCAAUAUCGUCGACUACACCUGGUUUGGGCUCUGUUCAAAACAAAAACUCAGAUGUUUUUUCUUCUCAUCUCAUUUUUAAAGGUUCAAUGAUGGGUUCCUUGCGAUUGGAUUCGACAAAGGCAGUAUCGUUACCAUUUCGGCUCAACAAUCGGAGCUGGGAUCGGUUAGUUUUUUUUUAGCUCAAUAACCUCGAAAGAAAACAAAAACAGGAGAUGAGCAGUAUCAACGAAUACAAGACGUAUCUCGGAGCUGUUGUGGCAAGUCCGAGUUUCGGUAAAAUCUUGAGCGUUGGCGAUCACCAGUAAGUCAAAUGAAACGAAAAAAAAGUCACACUUAUUUAACUCUCUGAAGUUUUCAUCCGGUAGAGCGAGGGAGAAUAGAUAUUCACCGUAGAAGAACAAACCAGAUGUAUCUUAAACUUAACCGUUGAGUAUCUGACUUUUUUUUUAGCGAGGUAGAUAUCUGAGAACGCCUGUGGCAAAAUAAAAAGUUCGAUAUAGGAAGCUAAGAAUGAGAAAGAAAAGAAAAGGAGUUCGCUCUUGAGGUGUAUGUUUGAAGGCUAAAGGUGCGCGAAAUGGGUCAAAUGUCGGACUUGUACUUGAUGCUGGACGUGGAUGCCGACAGGGACCUCUGCAGUCUGGCGUGCUCGGACGACGGCCAGCUAGUCGCCGUCGGCUCCCAGGCUGGCCAGAUCUCCGUCUACCUCACUAGAAUGCCUUCCCUCGGCGCUUCCUACCAAGACAUCGUUCGUCUCUUCAUUUUCCUUAUGAAUCCUUCUGAAACUUCUUUUCGGAACGAUUUGAAAGAUUAGCUCUGUCUUUGAUUCUGGUUUUUUAUAUCCAAGAAAAUGAAAACGAGCUUCGAAAGCAGCAAAUAUGACAAUAACAGUUCCACGUAAUUUUUUUUUGAGUGAAUUUCGAGAUUUCUUUCUCCAAUAAGCAUACUAUCCUUUUUUGUGUUUGAAACCAGGUAAUGAUUGAAUGACAAGUUAAGAUCGUCACCCUCUCUUCUCUGACGCAGGUGACGGUGCAGAGCGAAGGAGACAAGGUAAAAAGGUCUUCAGACAUACCAAAAGGGGACUUACAGACGCGCAGUGCCACCGUAGAGAUCUUCGUCGAGCCGUCGAUCAUCGCCGUCGGACCUUGCCACGUCGCCGCCGCUACCAACAACAUUGUCUCGUUUUUCGAGUACAGCUUCUCGCUCUCUUCCCAUUUUCCUUCCGCCGUCGACAAAGGUUCGUUUUCUUGAGUUUUAAACUGGAGCAGUUUUGCAACAUUCCACUAAACUUUAAAUCAAAAUUACUUUCGGAACAGCUUCCCAAUUUUUUUGUCAAAAUAUGUUCGAUUUUCAUCCCUUUGAAAAACAUUUCUUUCUACUUCUUCACGUAAGGCUCUCAAAAAACUUUAAUUAUUUAUAUAUAUAUAUAUAUAUAUAUAUAUAUAUAUAUAUAUAUAUAUAUAUAUAUAUAUAUAUAUAUAUUAAUGGAUUAUCUCGUGUUUCGAAAUAAGAGAAGGCGAAAAAAAGGGUAAUUACCGCACAUACAUGGGCUCUAUCACAGAGUGAAUUAAAAAACUACCAUGUAUAAAUUAUAAUAAGUGAAAAAAAUUUGGGAAAGGGAAGGUUGUUUGCAGUACCUGAGCCGGUUUCAAAGGUAGAAUACCUGUCCACGGUCCUUGGAAUCCAGCUAAACUACGAGUACGCUGCUGUCACCAUGGCUGGAAAAGUUCGACUGCACAAAGUAAGCAAUUUUUUUCUAGCAUGAAGAGAAAAAGUAUGCUUUUUUUUCAAAAAAAAAAUAAUUCUUAAUUCCGGUAUUCUAAAAUUAAAUAAAGGUGGAAUUCGAAAAGAUCGGCAUUUUAAAAAUUCAGGACCUUCUUUGAAUUUAUAAAAAUUGAGAUAUUUUUUGCAGAUAGUCGAGUCGGAUGAGAGCCGGUCGGCAACAUUUCCAGAACCGUCGCGAAACGCCCGCCUUCUCACUGCAGCUCUCUCCGAAAACUUCUUGAUUUUCACAACCGAUGUACAUAUCGAAGGAAAAUGAAAGAAAAGCCUCAAUUCUCAGAAUCACUACAUAGUUUACUUCUCGCUGGAGGAGUGGGCCGUCGUCAGCGAAUACAGACAUUCUUCUCCAAUCCGCAGCGUUUUCCCGCACCCACAGUCCGUCAGUUGCUGCUGCUUCGACGACCGCCUCGAAACUAUCGUCUACUCGUAAGAUUUCUGAACAAGAAAUGGCUCAAUCAAAAAAUUUUACUUAGAGUGCAUUUUACUCAAUGCAUUUUAUUUUGAAAAAGUGUUUUUAACUUUCUGUAUCUAGAAAAACUACUAGAUUUUUAAUUGAGACGUUUCUUCAAUUAACUUGAAAUUCAGGGAAAAAAAUUUUGAAGUUGAAAAUUGUGAUGUUGAUUUGUAUUAUCCACGUUUAUUGAAACUACCAAAGUUUAACAGAGAAAAAACCGCAAACUAAUAUUUUCUUUUUCAGAGCUAUCGACGACGUUGUUUUGAAAGUAGAACCAGUUGGAUCUACAGUUCACGUGAGUCUACCUUGACUAUUGUUGUAUUCCUUUCUUGUACAGUACAAAGGAGUUCUCUGGGAGACGUUCACUAUUGACAAGGGCACUUUUGUUAUUUUCGACAACCAGAAUCUUUACGUUUUUCUGCUGACGAAGGGAAGAAUCGACGGCAACGCUGUCUUGUACAUUGGAAGCACCAAGCUGCCUUUCGGCCACACUCCUCUUGCUCUGAGCAAGGUUCGGUCUGAGUUGUCCCUCAAGUGACUUUUUUUUAGGGGAUUGUUCACUGUCUGACGACCGUCAAGAGUUCCUCUGUACUUUUGGAAUCUCACAAAACAGAUACGCAGCUUGAGGGGAAAUCGCAGCAACAAGUUUCUACUUUUUUAUUUUCUAACAACCACGAUUCGUCUUUUUUUUUUCAGAUUACAGAGCUCCUUCAACAAGCACUAUUACUUCAAAGGUUUGUGAUAAAAAAAUAUGUUUUGGAGCUUCUAAGAAAGAAAUUGAGUAGGUCACAAACAAAUUUGGACUCAAAUUGAUUUUUAAAAUUGUGUCGAUAGUCAUUGCAUAUGGCUCUCACUGCAUUUCAUUUCAAAUACCAAUUUCCCAUUCCACAUUCUGUAUAACAAAAAGUAAGCAAACAAAUAUCGAUAAAAAAAAUCGAUUUUAAUCGACUUAAAAGUCCUACAGAUGAUCUGUGAAACGGUUGGAGGAAGAGAGUGUCUAAAUUCAAUUUUCUUUCCUCCACUUUUUUAAACGUUUAAUGGAGUCUCUUGUGAGAAAUCUUUUUGAUGAUACCAUCAUCAAGUUACAGCCAAGGAACUUUGAUGCAAUAAUUUGUACGCACCCUGUAUUUCCAAAAUAACUCACGCUCAGAUGGACGUAUGCUUGGCGGAUCUGCGAUUUCGCCGGCCAACUCUCACAUUGGAACUUAUUUGCGCAUGCGGCGUUAGUGAAUGCAGACGUUUCCCUUGGUUUGUUAUAUAAUACUAAUAAUCCUAUCGCUUCAUUUUCAUUUCUAACUUAAAAAACUUUUUUCAUUACGUUUCUUUCAGCUCUGCGAAUAUUCAGAAAUAUUGGCGAUGUCGCUAUGGUAGCUGCUUUGGAGCAAGUAAAGUUUAUCGAAGAGAAAAAUUUGCUCGCAGCUCAGGUGAAAAGAAAAUUUUUCUCAGAAUCAGUAAUGUUUAUCCAGGUGGCGGUCAUCCUUGGAAAGUACGACGAAGCCGAAGAAAUUUUUCUCAGAAGCUCGAAGCCUAGAGAAGCUUUGAAUGUGAGGAAAAAAAUCCGAGUUGAAAUUCGUUUUGAUUGUAGAUGAGAAGAGAUUUGCUAGAGUGGCCGAAAGCUCUGCUGCUGGCAGAGAAGUUGGCUUCUGAUGAAAUCCCUUUCAUUUCUAAAGAGUAUGCACAGGAGCUCGAGCUGAUGUAAAAACAAUUGAGAUUAUGAUCCCUACUGUUUUCUUCUAGGGGAGAUGAUGCGAACGCUUUGAUGAACUAUGAGAAAGGCGUGGUCGACAGCGAACAACAUACGGUUAGUACUCACUAGUUAGGAGUCCUGCAAUUCCAACAACUCGUUUACCGUAUAGUUCUCUUUGAUGUUGAGUGAAUCACAGAAUGUCUCAAAACCAAAAAAGACUGUUUUGAACUGCUUUUUGCAGUACGACCGCUCUCCGGCCGAAAUCUCCGAGCAUAACGAGAUUUGCACGUCUGGAAUAGCUAGAAUGUCGAUAAAAACCGGUGAUUUACGCAGGUUGUUGCAUCCGAAAAGAAAUGAGUGGCAAAGAGUUUUUAGAGGGAUACAGUUGGCAAAGAGUCUUCCUGGCCGCGUUGUCAAAAGAGAUUGCGCGAUAAUUCUUGAACAGAUCAAGCAGUACACGGAAGCUGCUCAGUUGUACGAGAUCGGACUGUUUUUCGACCGCGCUGCAGCCGUUUGUCUCAAGGCAAAUGCCUGGUAUGUGUCCCUCGGCUGGUUUUAUGUAAGGGUUUGUCGGAGUUUAGGGGAAAAGUCGGAGAGUUGCUCGACAAAGUCAAAUCUCCUAAAGUUCACGUGCAGUAUGCAAAAAUAAUGGAGAACGAGCGAAAGUACAAACAAGCUGCUAUUGUGAGUGAUCUUGGUCUUUUACAUGAGCAUAUAUGAGAAUUUCUGGAAUUUUGAAGCAUUUCUUGGAACCAGAAAUCACAGAAAAUAUCUUUUAAAAAAAUUGUUUUUUAUUUCGUAAAAUUUUUUGUAUUUUUUUUUUCCUUUUUAUUGUAAUUUUUGCUUCAACUAGCUUUUGUAAAUUUCCAUUAAAGAAGGUGCUGAUGUUUUCAAAUUCGCUUGGAUGUCGAUGAGAUAACGAUUUCAAAAAGAACGAUAGGUUUACAGGUGGAAUUUAUGGCUCUGAUGAGUUUUAAGAAAAUGAAAACGGGAGUGUUUCAGUCCUACGAGCGCGGACGAGACUAUGACAACCUUGUAAGAGUUUUACUCGACCACCUUAAUAUGCCUGAGGAAGCCGUUCGUGUUGUACGUGAGAGCAGAAGCAUCGAAGGCGCCAAACUCGUUGCCAAGUGAAAAUUAAUUGGAAAAAAUUGACGACUGAUGGUGCUUCUCAGGUUCUUCUCUCGCCUUGGCGACCACAGUUCUGCAAUCCAGUUCCUGGUGAUGUCACAAUGCGUCCAAGAGGCGUUCCAGGUCGCCGAAGCCUACGACUGUAUGAACGAGUACGCAUCGGCAAUUGAAGACAUCGGAACUCCCGAACAAGCCAUCGAACUCGCUCAACAUCUCGGCCGUGCCGGCGAUGCCUUCAAUGCCGCCAAGUUUCACAUGAAAGGGGGACAGUUCGCCACGGUCUGCAGGACGAGAGAAAGAAGAGAUUUUAGAAAUGAUUCCAGGCUAUGGAUCUUCUGAUGGGUCUCGGCGAUCGUUCUGACGCUAUGUUGCUAGCUAUUGAGUGUGCCCAUAAGGCCGACGAUCGGCAACUCACACUUAACCUCAUUCGUUUCUUCCUCGGCGGUGUCGAUGGCGUUCCCAAGGUAGAAACGUUUUUAUCUAUAACACAUGACAACCAUUUGUCUGUACAAAGUUCGCUGUAAUACAAACGUUUACGAAGCGGUUAGGUUCAUAUAGACUCUUUUUGAACGUUCCCGGAAUAAUUGUGAUUUUUUGAAUUCGGCAAGACUAGAAAACUUGGAAAUUACUUACAGGACUCCGCCUACUUGUUUCGGCUGUACGUCCAGUUGGGGCAGGUGCGCGAGGCAGCCAAAACAGCUGUUAUAGUUUCUGGAGAACAUCAAAGUCGUGGAUCUUAUCGUAUCGCUCGCGAUGUUUUAUACUCUAUGUUUUCGGUUCGGGAACGCUCUGAUUUUUUCUUAGUUAUUAUUCAUCACAGAAACUCAAAGAAAAAGAGAUGAAGGUACCGCAAGAAAUGGAACACAACUUGAUGGUAGUACAUUCGUAUAUGAUCGUCAAGGUCCGUUCUUACUUGAUUUUGCUUCUCUACAACGUUUCUCUACAAGGGACUCAUCUCGAGAAGAGACACUGUCAAGGCGGCGCGAAUGCUCCUUCGCACCUGCAACAACAUCAGCCGAUUUCCAACUCGUGAGUUUUUAUUUUUAUAAGCUCGGGUCAGGAGAAUGAGUUUCUUUACCGCGAGAGAAUGUUCGAUCUGAUGAUUGGAUGCUUUUCACUGAUAUAUCUUGCGAAAUUUGCUCCUUAAAUGUUUAUGCUGUGUUUACUGAACUAAUUUAUUUGAGUUCUUUUUUUAAAUUUCCGAUCCGUAUUUUAUGCGUCCUAGUUCAUUAACCUCAGAUUAUUAGGCCGAUUUUUCCACUUCAGAAAUUCAUGAAUUUUAGACGUUGUCCAGAUUCUCACUUCUACCGUGGUUGUGUGCUCACAGGCGCAUUUCCGACAUUCGGCUUAUAAAUGGGCCACAGUUCUCAUGAAGCCUGAGCACCGUACGAAAAUUCACGAAAAGUACAAGAAAAAGAUUGAAGACAUCGUCAGGUUGAUCAUCGAAUGAUUACUGUGGAUCGGAAAAAGUUCAGAAAAUCUGGCAAAGAAGUCCUCGAUCCCGAAGAACCAAGGACUCCUUGUCCCUACUGCAAAAACUUGCUCCCAGAAACCGAUCUCACAUGUAACAACUGUAACAACAAUAUUCCAUAUUGUGUGAUUACGGUUUUGAAAGUUUUUCUUCUGAUCUAAUCUAUAAAAAUCUCAGGGUCGGCACAUUGUAGCCGAUGAUUUCGCGCUGUGCGGUGGUUGUCAGUUUCCAGGAUACUUCUCUGAGUUCAAGAGGUACGUCGGUUUAUUGAUUCAUUCAUUCGAUUUUAUUCCGAUAAAUGCUAAGUGAAGCGCAGACACGCGAAAACUGUCACGUCGCGGCGGACGGACUAUAUGAUAACUGGAAAAAUCGGAUGAUGUGAUUUUUAAAGCGAUUUUCGGGGUGUUUCUAUUCUCAAGAAAAUGGCGGAAAGUGUUCGUCCUCUUUAUUUCAUACUCUAAACGAGAUGUGAAAAUAUUAAUUUCUUUUCACCAUAGUCAUAUUUGGAAACUGUUUGAGACCAUUUCGACGUACCAGUGUAGUUAAUUGUAAGGAAAAAAAAAAAGAAAUUGACAAUAAUGAAAGUUGAGGUUGGCAUCUUUGGAAGAAAAGUGUCCUUUGUGUGACGAGGAGCUGCGGCAGGUGAUCCCACGCGACAUCACGUCGUUCCUCGGCGAAGCUUGA